CUACUCUGUAUAACGACAACAAAGGUCCGAGUUCAAAGGUCUCAGGUCAACGAGAUCUGAUAAGUUUUGUGUUAUAUUGUGUUACACCUUAGUCCAAGAUCGUCAGUCACUGCUCGUGCAUCAGGUGUGGAGCAACAUGGGUCGCGUUGAUGGUAAAGUUGUUAUCGUUACUGCUGCUGCACAAGGCAUCGGCAGAGCAUCAGCUGAGGCGCUGGCGAGGGAGGGAGCCCGGGUGAUUGCAACAGACAUCAACACUGACAAGCUGAAGGAGCUUGAAUCUGUAAAAGGUAUUGAGACACAGCUCCUGGACGUCACAUCAACGGCGGAUGUUGAAGCAUUUAUUGCCAAGUUUGACAAGAUUGAUGUUGUAUUCAACUGUGCUGGGUUUGUUCAUAAUGGCACCAUAUUGGACUGUGAUGAAAAGUCGUGGGACUUUUCCUUCGACCUCAACGUGAAGAGCAUGUACAGGAUGUGCAAACAGAUCCUCCCCAAGAUGGUAACCCAAAAGUCAGGCAGCAUCAUCAACAUGUCCUCCGUGGCCUCCAGUAUCAAAGGUACCCCUAACAGAUUUGUGUACGCUACUACCAAAGCAGCUGUCAUUGGGCUGACCAAGGCGAUGGCUGCUGACUUCUGUGCCCAGCAAAUCAGAUUCAACUGCAUCUGUCCUGGCACGGUCGACACGCCUUCACUCAGGGACAGAAUCAAUGCCCUGCCAGACCCGGAACAGGCUAUGAAAGAUUUCAUUGCACGUCAGAAGUUUGGGCGUCUGGGAACAGCAGAGGAGAUUGCCAACUUGGUGCUGUAUCUAGCAUCAGAUGAGUCCUCGUAUAUAACCGGACAGGAGUUCAUCAUUGAUGGUGGCUGGAGUCUGUAACAACCUGACUCCGUACAGCUCGUGCUGGAAAUGGGAAUGAAUGGCCCCCAAUGUCCUUGACAUUGGGUCCUGUCUUCCGUCACACGAGGAGGAUUACAGAUAUAUGCCGAACUGUUGUACUCAAGAGAAGCUUGUGAUGAAAAUAGUAUGACUGAUGAUGAUGUUGAUUUGUGAUGUUGAUUGAUUGAUGAGAUAACCUUAUCCCAUACACAAGCCACCAUUCCAGAGUUUACAGUAUCAGUGUGACCCGACAGUCCUCGUUAUGACUCGAGUAGCACAGCUGUCAGAAAAUGUAUGAUGUCCCAAAACCUAUGAUCUGACAAAACUUGAAAUUUGUUAAGGACACUGUAUUUUUAUCAUGACUAUAGUCAUAACAGAUUUCCAUUCAGGAGGAUGUGUUUUACUCAAAAAAAAGUUAUAUAUAGCAUGCAAAAAGAGUUAGAUUUUGUCACAUGUGACUACAAUCUUUGUCAUUAUGAUGUUGUACAUUGUCUUGUAUUAAUCUUUCACUGGAUUGUUUUCAUUAAGAACCCCGGAACAGUAGUGUCUCUCUUUGUGUUCCAUUCCAUUCUCUACUCCCUGGGGAAUAUAUUAUUAUUACUAUUAUUAUUAUUAUUAUAGGAUAUUUAUAUAGCACACAUAUCCACGCACUAGUGCAUGCUCAAGGCGCUGGUAUUUUUUCCCUCGAUCAUUGGAUGUCAAUCUCAACGGCACCUCGCAUUAUCAAUCUCAACUCCCUGGGGAGUAUACAACAAUAUACACAUUUUGAGAACUUAGAAUCUUGUGUAAAAGUCCAAGGCAUGUUAUAUUAGUGAGAAAAGUAGGUGUGACAGUGGGAACAUGAUUGUAACAUAAAUUCACCUUAGAAUUUGAGGAUUUGUUUUGGGUCAGGUUUAUGAUGUAAUAAGUUAAGAUGGUACAACCACCUCAUUGUCAUCAAAGCUUUGAAUGAGGUUAUAUAAAGAUUCGCCAGAGUUGA